UCUUCUUCUUUUUCCGUCGUUCGCCGGUCAUAUAAACGCGCGCACGGACACCUCUCGUGCACUGUCGAAGCGUAGCCCAUCGGCGGCAGAGGACGAAUCGGAGAGGAAUGGCUUUUCACGUCAGUCUGCUUCUCAAAGUCUUGCUCGUCCUCGCCAUAGCCGCAACAGUAGCCUCUCAAGAGACCAGAAAAUUUACUAUAGAAAACAACUGCAACGAGACUGUGUGGCCCGGGAUAACAAAUAGCGAAAGUUUUAACGGCAGUAUCUUCGCAUUGAAACCGGGCCAAUCUGCCGUCUACACUGCUUCGGCCCCUUGGUCUGGGCGGAUAUGGGGCCGAACCGGUUGCGAUUUUGAUAAGAACGGCAGCGGCAAGUGUCAAACUGGUGGAUGUGGCACUUCCUUGAACUGCACUGGGCCCGGGACCCCGCCUGUUUCGAUUGCCGAGUUCACCCUCGGAGGACUGGAUUAUUAUGACGUUAGCCUCGUGAACGGCUUCAAUUUGCCGAUAGUGAUAAAAACCCUAAAUGCUAAGGGAAAUUGCAGCAACGCAGGGUGCGACCGAGAUUUGAGAACGAAUUGCCCCUCGGAGCUCGCCGUUAAGUCCGAUGGGAAGGUGAUUGCUUGCAAUAGUGCAUGCGAUAAGUUCAACACGGAUGAGUAUUGUUGCAGGGGCGCGUUUGGAACCGCGGACACUUGCCAGCCAAGUAACUACUCAAGGGCUUUCAAGUCUGUCUGCCCAGAUGCUUAUAGCUACGCGAAAGACGAUAAGACGAGCCUCAAAACUUGUGCUAGCCCAGAUUUCGUCGUGAGCUUCUGCUCAUCGAGGAAUGGAACUGUAUGCUCUUAUCAUGACAGUACAUUGAAAUGCAAUGGAUCAGCCGAUUUGAGGGCAUCCUUCAAUGGAUGGUGGUUUCUGGUGAUCAUACUGCCCGUGAUCGUCAGUUCCCAUCAUUUUUUGGGGUUCAUUAUGUAAAUCGAUUUCUCGAAUCUGUACAUUGACGUGAUCGGGAUUGAGU